UUGGUGAUGAUGGUGAUGAUUAUUGUUGUUGUUAUCACUGGGUCCGUCUGCUUCUAGCUGCGUGAAUGUUUUGCGUAGUAAUCUCGGUGCUGUUAUCCGCGGGGUUUUUUGUUGUUGUUUUACGAUCGCUACCAACUUUGGCUCGAACUCGAGAGCGGGAGGCAAAGCGACUCUGCGUGUGGUGGUGGUGAAGGUGAUGAUGAUGGCAAGGUUGUUGUGUACAGUGACGAGACUUUUAAAGUACCCCGUUUGUACGUAAUGUUUAAUAAUACUGAAGUAUUAUAUAAUACAUUCCUGUCAACCCCUUAUCAGUGCGCUACCUUAUUACAGACCAAUUCAGACACCUUAUUGGUCACCCCGUGCCCCUUACUAAUCUCAAAGUUCAUCCUGCAAAGUCCCAUCACAAGGGAUAAACACAAACUAAUCGACAUAAAAACCAUGCUUCUUUGCCCCUAUUGAAACGGCUGGACGCGGUGUGGACCUGAAAACUCAAUUUCCCUGUACAAGAAUGCGGAUAAACCUUAUGGGUUGACAACGGUAUGUAUAAGAAUGUUUGGCUCGGGUAUAGUGAAUCAUUUAUUACCCUAGAAGACACUUUGGCAGUAAGGUGUGGGCAGAAUACAGUUGUGUAGGUUAUGUAAUGGUGAUAAUACAAUACGCGUAAUGAUUUAUUUUUGUUUACCUACGAAAGCCUGAACCGGUUCUUCAAGAUUAGUCUUCAAGAGGAGGGGGUGUCCUGCUUCAUUGUGAUGUUUGGACACAAUCCAUUGGUGAGAGUCUGCCCACAGCUGGCGAUGGAGCAUCCAGAGAACGCGUACGAGGAGAUCCGCGUUUAGUGGUGGUGGCGGCGGCCUUGGGAACCAUGCUGCAGGAGCUUGGGACGCCAACUUCCCUGUGCUGGGAGGUGGUGGGCCCUGCAGAAGGGGACGCGGGGCUACCCACUCACCGCAGUAAACAUGCGUGCACCACCUGGAAGGGCCUACUCUACGUGCACGGGGGCAGAGAUGCGCGCCACUCACUCGCAGACCUCUGGCAGUACGAGCCAGGUAAAAACAUGUGGCAGAGGCUAGAUGAACGUACGCAGGCAUUUGCGGCGCCGGCUUUGCAUGAACACACUAUGGUGGCAGCACAGGGCCACCUUUACCUGUUUGGUGGAUUACUAUGCGAUACUGACCAUACGCCUCUGUGGGACUACAACAUCAAUGAGUGUUGUUGGGAAGAAUUUAGAGGAACUGACUUGAAAGCUCAGGCAGCCCCGCAGAACCGGCGUGACCACACGGCGGUGGUUCACCGUGCAGGCAUGUACGUUUACGGUGGACACCGUGACAUGAUGGGGCCGACAAACGAGUUCUGGGAACUUGACUUGGAGAGCCGUGUGUGGCGAUGCCGCUCAACGGAAGAGGCGAAGGGCAAUGGGGGCAGCCCUGGGCAGAGGUGCGCCCACUCGGCGACCUGCUGGCGCGACCGCAUGUUCGUGUACGGCGGCCUCGAGCGCCUGCGUGUUCUUGAUGACUUCUGGGCAUGGGACUUCACUGCAGAGUACUGGAUGAGGCUGACGGCCAGGUCUGAUCCAGGCCAGCUGCACCAUCACGCAAUGUGCAUGAUUGGUGGAUGUGACGGCGGUGCGCUGUUCCUCUUUGGUGGUAAGAGCAACAGCCGUGUCAUGGGCGAUGCAUGGCUCUACCGCUUCAAGGAGGGUGCCUGGAGAAAGGUGCGGACAACUCCUAAUGAAGAGCUUCCUCCUAACAUGGCCCAGCAUGCUCUGGUGUCUUUCUUCGACCGAGAUCCGAAUGGCAACGGGUCAUCCUGGAACAUCUCUACCACGAGUUACGAGUGUCGGGCUUUCGAUCCAGAUAGCGUGUGGGAGCACGAGUGGUUGGACCUGGCAGGAGCUUUUUCAUUUGUGGACAUGGCUGAGUGUGGAGGGCAACACGUUAAGAAAUCCACAAACGGCUUACCGAGUAAUGGCAGAGCCAAAUCUGUCAGUUAUGGCUUUUUUUAUUACCCCCCAGAGUGGGAUUCAUCCAAAAUCAACGAUGGUGAACGGAUGACCCAUAGAGGUGCCAAACACUCGACUGCUCGCCAAAAUAUGCUACGUACUCUCUCUACAUCAGAAGAAGAUGGAAAAAGUGUGCACUGCUCAGGGAUAUCAUUGAGCAAUGAAAAGCAGCUCAAAACGCCAAAGACAGUCGGUGAGAACCUGUCUCUCCGGGACGGCAAAGGUGUGGGAACUUUGGCCUAUGGAAGUGAGAUUGGAGAUCUCACAGGUGGCACUGUUCGGAAAAUGGAGAUGCUGCUGAUUGGGGGGAUUCAUGACACAGGGACUGGAAGCAUCUCUGCCAAACCCAUCUUCAUGGGAAGAUUUAAAAUAUGCUAGCCCACUAUGUUCUAUUCCCAAGGCAAAAUAUGUAGCAUUUUAUAACUAUUAAUCCUCACAUUAAGCGGUUUACAGUUGAAAGUGCCACCGAUGUUAUACAAAUUCAGAAUGGCUGCUGACAUGAAAGUCCAAUACUGAUGUUUUAAAACUUAUUUUUAAAUAUAAAUAGGGUAUUAGCACUUCAAGGUUUCAUAUCUUAAUAAAGCCAUGCAUAUAUGGGGCUUGGCUUUAUUUUUUGUUACAAAUAAACUGAAAAAAAUAUAUAUAUAUUAUUACUCUACGUUCUCUUAACUUAUCGCAGUACUGUUGUAUAUAUUGUAUAAUAAACGUAAAGCCAUCCAGUUGCA